GAUCGCCAACUCAGCUUCUACAAUUACGUUGCUAUUCUCAUCUCAAUCCCUUUGGCGCCGCGCAUCCGUCAAAAUGGCACGUAACUCGGAAAAGGCACAGUCUAUGCUGUUUCGCUUCCGCGAAGCUCAAGCAGCAGACCUAGGCAUCAUCGACGCCGGCCGCACACGUCGCCCCAAGCUCAUCACCGAAGUCUCAGCCAUUCCCGCCUGCGAAAAAUGGCGUGGACAAGUCCUCAAAGAAAUCUCGCGCAAGAUGUCACGUAUCCAAGAUCCUAUCCUCAGCGACUACCAGAUCCGCGAUCUCAACGACGAAAUCAACAAGCUCAUGCGCGAGAAGCACAUGUGGGAGAUUCAGAUACGUAAUCUCGGGGGACCGAACUACAUGCGCGGCGGGGGCAAGAUCUACGAUGAGCAAGGACGCGAAAUACCCGGUAGUGGGAAAGGCUACAAAUAUUUUGGUAGAGCGAGGGAACUGCCGGGUGUGAAGGAGUUGUUUGAGGCAGCGAAGAACCAAGGUGAUGAGAAGCCGCUUGAGGAGAGGCAUGAUAUGAGGAGGAAUGUUGACGCGGCGUAUUAUGGUUAUGCGCCUGAUGAGGAGGAUGAGGAGAUGUUGGCGUAUGAGGCGGAGAAGGAGAGGCAGGCGGUUGAGCAUUUGCUCAAGACGGGGAGUAAGGAUGUGCCGGAGGGGUGGGAGCCGCUGCCAGGGGAUAGUGGUGAUGGGAUUACGUGGGAUUUACCGACGUUGGAGGAGGUGCAGGAGGAGUUGAUCGAUCGGAGGAGAAGGAGGCUCUUGGAGCAGUUGUGAUGUGUGGUUCGGAGGUCUCCGUGUAUCAUCGGAGAGGUUUAUGGGGACGGGAAGUUGUAUUGUAUUGUUGGUUGUUGGAUCAGUUGAGGCUAGGUGAUGGUUCACAUUCACGGCGUUUAGGACGGUCACUUAUUUACAGGCGUAUGGGUUUAUCAUGAUACUUGCCAAAAAGAAUAUCUUUCUCAAUCGUGCAUUCUCACCCCU